AUGGCAGACCACACUACCUUUGCCACCUUUUAUGGUGAGCACCUGCCACGGGUAUUCUUUGAGCCUAAUGAUGCAGUUAUUAUCAAUAAUCCCCACCUUCUUUGGGGGUACUGCCACGGGACAAUUACAGACCCGAAUCCGGGCUGGAAGCCAACAGCCUGGCACGCGGAAGUUGCUGCCAACAACCAUCGACACCAGAUAAAGGCUUCUGGUCUUGAGGGCGCUGCCAACCAGCCACCAAACCCCCGCUUGGUUCUGUCUAAAAUCAAUAUCCUCGUGUGUCCUGUUGUUGAGAUAAAUCCCACGCACCAGUGUGGGAUGACCUUUGAAUCCCAGCCUGACUUCCGGCGCCACCUUCGCAAUGUCCGCUCUGGUUGCUUUAUUAAUCCAGACCGUCGGCCUAUUAGGCGUGAGGAGCGCCAGUGGGCUAAUCCCCAGCUGAUUCGCUACUCGGCCAUUGGGCUGACAAUAUGGAACGGAUUCCACGCGAUGACAGAUCAUGGAGGCAGCAGUAUGGCCGUCGCUUCCAUCGCGCCUAGGUCCCCGUCACUCCAACCAGCGGAGGGCGUUCUCGACGUCGCGGCCAAAACCCUCCAGGUAACCCGGUCGUUUUCCCGGGCUUUACGCAAGCGACCCUAA